CAUAGAGCGCGCGCGCGAACCCGGGCGCUUCGUCAUUGCGACGGAGGUUGUCGUGUGUCGGCACUGGCCCGUGCAAGCGCUCGCUCCGUACCGCAUCGCCGCGCCUCGUCUCCGUGCGACCGUCGUCCCGCGAGACGUGAGUCGCGACCUCGGCCCACUGUCCGUCCGCGCCCCGCAGGCUCUCUGGCGUCUAUACCGGUCAUCUCCAACGAGUCCGCGCCUUACCAUCACCGCCAGAACUUAGGUACCGGUGCGGGUAUCCGCGCAGUGCAUGUGCUCGUGUAGUCCUUAGAUCUGUGACCACGCUCCCCGGGACCGACGAUUGUGGCGCGAUGUAAAGAAGACGCGACCGCGAAUCAUGUGCGCACGAGGGUGAGCGGGAGUUGGCGGGGGAGAUGUCCGCGCCGGCGCCGGCGCAGGCCAGCUGAUAGCAUGCGGGCGGCGCGCGCGCCCGCCCCGACCUAGCCACCACCACGACCACCACGUUCACGGGUGCGCUGGAGGAGGGCGCGCUGGGCGGCGGCGGCGGCGGCGGCGCGCUCGGCGCGCUGCGUGCGGCCGGCUCGCCGCCCGCGCACUGCCUCGGGGCCAGCCGGCACAGUCUCAUAGAAAUGAUGACGUGCCGACUGGGGUCGAGGCGGCUGGGCGGGUCGCGCGGCUCGCUGCAGGCCGGCACCGCGUGCUCCGCCGCUAGCGAGCUGGACCUCUCCUCGCGCUCGCGACGCUCGCAGAAAGCAAGGUUGUUGUCUAGAUUAAAACUGUUGGGCGCCAGCGGCGAAGCGCCCCUGCUGAGCGGCUGGCGCAGCACACCGCACACGCCGCACGCUCCCGCCACGCCCGCCCCACACCACUCACACAACCAUCUCGCUCCACAUUGCAACGGGACUGACAGUGGCAGCAGAGCGGGUCUGCGGCGGCGCUCCACGUACACGAGCGGGCGGCUGCGCACGGGCCCGCACUGGUCCUUCGUGUUCGACCCCGCGGGCCGGCUGUGCUACUACUGGUCCAUGGUGGUCUCGCUCGCCUUCCUCUACAAUCUGUGGGUCAUCGUCUACAGGUUCGCCUUCCAGGAGAUCAACGGAGAAACGUUGGUGGUGUGGUUUUGCCUCGACUACUUCUCGGACUUCCUGUACCUGGCCGACAUCCUGUUCCACUUCCGCACGGGGUACCUGGAGGACGGCGUGCUGCAGACGGACGCGGCCAAGCUGCGCGCGCACUACAUGAACUCCACCACCUUCUACAUCGACUGCCUCUGCCUGCUGCCGCUCGACUUCCUCUACCUUUCCAUCGGCUUCAACUCCAUCUUGCGAUCCUUUCGCCUAGUCAAGAUCUACCGGUUCUGGGCUUUCAUGGACCGCACGGAGCGACACACGAACUAUCCAAAUUUAUUUAGAUCGACCAGUUUAAUACAUUACUUAUUAGUGAUAUUUCAUUGGAACGGGUGCUUGUACCAUAUAAUAUAUAAAAACAAUGGAUUCGGAAGUAAAAAUUGGGUGUAUCAUGACACUGAAACGGCGGAUGUGGUGAAACAAUAUCUUCAAAGUUAUUAUUGGUGUACGUUGGCGCUCACUACGAUAGGAGACUUGCCGCGGCCGCGCAGCAAAGGCGAGUACGUGUUCGUGAUCGCGCAGCUGUUGUUCGGGCUGCUGCUGUUCGCCACGGUGCUGGGCCACGUGGCCAACAUCGUCACCUCCGUCAGCACGGCCAGGAAGGAGUUUCAGGCCAAGCUCGACGGCGUGAAGACGUAUAUGCGGAUGCGACGGGUGCCGACACACCUGCAGGUCAAGGUCAUCAAGUGGUUCGACUACCUCUGGCUUACGCAGAAGUGCUCCGAUGAAGAGAAGGCGGUCUCGUGUCUUCCGGACAAGCUCAAAGCGGAAAUUGCAAUAAAUGUUCAUUUGGACACGUUGAAGAGGGUGGAAAUUUUUCAAAAUACUGAAGCGGGAUUCCUUUGCGAGUUAGUGCUGCGAUUAAGGCCGGUACUAUUUUCGCCAGGAGAUUUCAUCUGCAGGAAAGGGGAAGUGGGAAAAGAGAUGUACAUAGUAAAUCGAGGGAAGCUGCAGGUGGUCGGAGAUAACGGAAAGACCGUACUGGCUACACUCAAGGCGGGUUCUUAUUUUGGCGAAAUUUCCAUUCUGAACAUGGGCACGGCAGGUAAACAACUUGGCAACCGGCGGACAGCAUCGGUGCGCUCCGUUGGCUACUCGGAUCUGUUCGUGCUCAGCAAGAAGGACAUGUGGGACGUACUCAAGGAGUAUCCUGCGGCGCGAGUGCGCCUCGAAGCGAUCGCCGUCAAGAGACUUGAGAAAUAUAAGAAAGCGCCACUGGAAAAAGUGGCAAUGGGUCGCUGCCAGUCGACGCCCGGCCUCGUGGAGACGAGCGGGCGCGUGCCCAUCGAGGAGAUGCAGCUGCCUGCGGCGCACCAGGCGCCCCCGCUGCACUCCUCACACCCGCCUUCCUACCGGGACCAGCUUUAUAGUUCGUCAGUAAGUCCUCUUCGUGUAGCAUCUCCUGUGGCUUCGUGCGCGUCGAGCGCCCGCAGCAGCGCGGCCGGCGCGGGCAGCAUGGCCGUGGCCGCCGUGGCCGCUGCCGCCGCCGCCGCCGGCUCCGGCGCCGGCCCUCGCGUCAUGCUCGACUCGCAUGACGUUUUAGAAUGUGAAAUCAAGCGUCUUAGAGAGCGCCUGCAUACUGUCGAGACUGAAAACGCUGCAAUGUCGGCAAAACUCAGUCAGCAGCAGUGGGAAGUAGAUCAGAGGCUGCAGGAGAUCGAAAUGCAAAUAUGCGGCGGUAGCUCGCUGAGCUCCCAAGAGGAGAACGAGCGCAACCGGGAAAGCAUCAUUUAACAGCGCGCCUCGCCCCCGGCGGCGGCUCCGCGGCCGCUGCCGCCCCGGCCUGUGCUGCGGCUGUCGGCCGUCUUCUGAUCUGCCUGCCCGGGCGGCGGGCGUGAUGGUCACACCCGCGUGGUCUCAUGCGCCCGUUCGACGUCACUGAGUGUUAUCGACCCUCCUUGUACUUUUUGAGAACUUCCUUUGUUACGAAGAAUUAUUGCAAUGUGGUUUUACAAUGGAUAAAAUGAAUGUUAUAAUAUUUAAUACGAAUUAACUUUAUCAAAUUUAUACAUAUACGUAGUAUAACGACUCGCUAAUGUUUAUCGAGUGACCGUGGAGUGAGAUUAUGCCGAGACAAUAUCGUAAUGUAAAGUCAUUUAAGUGCAUCGAGAUGUGUCGAGUGGAGAGAGUGGGAGCGGCGAGCGCGCUCCGAUUUUCAGUUCCGAGUUAUUUUCGGCCAAGGCGUAGGUACUUCUUUCUGCAUGGACGUUGAUACGUUAAUUCUUUGUAAGUCAAUCUAUGUCGUGCAUACCUCGUGUCUAUGUUAACGACGUUUGGUUUUAAUAUUUAAAUAAGAUAAGAGUAUGGGAUAUACUAUUAUAUACCUACAUAUACCGUUAUAUAUAUAUUUAUUUGAUUUUGCAGGUGUUGUUUAUCACAAAAUAUUUACGUCUCGAAUUUGAAAUUACAUUUUGAAAAUAUUGAACGUUAAGCAUAGUUAUCAUUAUUAAAUGACUAUUAAUGGGUAAACAAAGAAACUAAACUGAUAAGUUAAGAGUUUUAUGUUAUUUCAUACAUAGAAGAUGGAUGAUAUUACCCUAUCCAUUAUAUCUGAGCUUUAAUUAUAAUAAACUCCUUUAGACUUUACCAUGUUCUCAAAUACGUUUUUAGAAGAGGGAAGCCAUAAGUACACAAAUCUGCCAUCAGAUAGAAAUACACGUGCAAUAAACGCACGUAUUGUACAUUGUACAAUGUACAUGUACUCAUAGAUGAGUGUCUGCGGAGUGCGGAGCCGAGUGGCUGCGUCGCAUAAAUAAAACAGUCGACUCUUCUUAAUAGUACGUCGGGUGGGAUAAGAGGAGCGAAUAUUUUAUUUCUCGCAAGAUUAUUGUGUUAAUAAAUAACCUAUAGUUCCCUAUUACGUUCCUCUCAUUCCACCGGGUCUUAUAUGUGUUCACCUGUAAAAGAUAAGUAUGACUGUUUCAUUUACGGCGAAUAUGGUGGAAAUAUUCGUAUGAGUAUGCCCUCUGGUGUUUGCAUAUAAUUUUCAUUGAUAAUUCAUAUGUACAUAUUAUUUUAAUUCCUUAAGCAUUAAUUAACGCCGCUGACUCGGAGUGAUGAAAUCGACCAUAGUAUACCUAAUGUUAUUACCUAGGUAAACGAAGUGAGUACUACCUACCUAACGAAUAAGAAACUUAGUUGUAAUGAAUACAUCACUUUGGGAACUUCAGAUGAUCAGUACUGCCAGACAUUACUAGAAACUUGUAGCUAAGUAAGAAGUUUUAAUGUAAAAUAUACCAUACCAAUUAACUGAAAAACGUUUUGUACUUAAACUUAUACUUUCUAAAAUAUUUAAAAUUGAUUUUAACACGAUUAUUACGAUUUUAAGCAUAAUUAUUUAACAUUAAUAAUGCGUUUUAAGUACCUACUUAAAUAUACUCAUUUUUGACGCUUCAAGAUUAUGUUAUGAUUAAGAGAGCAAUUGUGAUGCUUAACACUAAAUAAAUACAUAUAAGAAUAUAUUACAAAAACCAACCGAAUAACCUAAUGGUCUGAAUAUUUAUCUGUUAUAUAGGUACCUAUACCUGCUUACUUUACAUUGAGAUCUGUGCUUCUUACGCAGAACGUUAGUAUUAAAUCGAGAUGGCACCAUCAGUCCGGAAUCAGAAAAGUUUUGUUGCCACGUCCUGUGGGGCAGUGCCCGGAGUAGUGACGGCGCGGCGGCGGAGCGGACCCGGGCCUCGCGCCAGGUGGCCGUAGGGAGCCGCGCGCCGUGUACAUGUACAUCGGUGCAACUAGGACGCAGCGUCAUAACACAGAACCAUAUAUUCAUUUCAUAGCCGCUUCCUCACAAUCGAUUAAUUGCGAUUCAAUUGAAGGGAGAGCAUGGAUUUAUCAGAAAUAGCUAUUUAUUACUACUGGCACAGUACUUAAUUACCGUAAAACACCAACCCACAAUAGCUCAAAAACUCCCAGCUUAUUUGAAAAUAACUUGAUACGUACAAAUCAUUAUCAAAAAUUAGGGUAAAAGUAUUUACCUAUAUAAAAAAAUAUGUUCAUGCUAAAUUACGUAUUAAACUUAGAUAUGGAUGGAACAUAUUAAUAGGCAACUUGACAGUAGUUAAAAUAAAAUAUUCUAUACCAUGCACGAAAUAAAGCAUCAGAUAGUUAUAAGAAAAACAUGGACAGAAGUUAUUUUUAAAUCCAAUUUCUAUUUUAUAAGUCAGGUAGAAAUAUAUAAAG